AUGAUCUUUUUUUUUUUUCGUUUAUUUGUUUGGUCCAUCUUAGCCUCUAUCUGCUGCACCUACACCCGUGCACCGCGACUCGAACCAAAUUUUUCGGUUCUUCAACCUUUUCUCUACCCCAUGUUUGCCAGACAAAGUAUAGUGAAGCAACUCGUAAGAAAUGCUUCCACCAAGUCCGACAGGAUAACUGUGCAGCUAUUGCAGGAUUUCGAACCUUUGGGCACGGCGGGCGAGCUUGUCCGGGUGAAGCCAGCUUUCAUGAGAAACUUUUUGCAUGUUGGUAACAAAGCCUGCUACAUCACCAACGGUCCUCGAAUUCCGGUGGUGGAGAGAAAAAGGGAGCCUGUGGUGACGCAAAAAGUCAAGGCGCCAAAACCAACCCAAGCUGCCGAGGAUCCUGUGGCCGAAUCAGGACCUGCCAUGUCUUUGGACGAGUUGUCAUCAUUGUUCUCGAGCAUGAGGGGCAAGAAGGGAACAACGGCGUCAUCUGUUUUCCAGACGCAAGAGACCACUUCAGUCGCCACAUACAGUUUGGCUGAGCUUGGCGAGUCUCUUCCAGCUACAUACUCUUUGAGCGGAAUCGAGUAUCCCCUCACCAGAGAGGCUCUUGCGCAAGUUGUGUUCAACUCGACCGGUAUUGAAGUUCCAGCGUCUGUGAUCAAGGUCACAGCAGAUGGCGUUGCCGUUGAUGAAAUUGUGGCUCCGGGAACCUUCACCUGGUCUUUCCUGGCUCCAGGCGAUGCCAACGUCCUCAAAAGAAAGCUCAAGGUCCAAUGA